AUGAGGGUUCUUUCAGCUUGGGCCUUGAUGGCAGCGGCCACCGUCAGCGCGAUGCCGCAGCCGCUGAACAAGAGAGAUCCCUUCCCGCCUGAUGGAACUGUGGUGGGAGGUGUUCCUCACCGACCCUUCAGAAUCAGGCGACAAGCGGCACCGGCUGCACCGGCUACUCCUCAAGGCAAUCAACUCAUCCCGGUAGUGGUCGGCGGAGCGCAGGAUACUUUCGUACCGAACUUGAUCACGGCGCAGGUCGGCGAUGUCGUACAGUUCCAGUUCAGCAACGGCAACCACACGGUCACGCAGAGCGCGGAGGGUGCAGCAUGCCAGCCGCUGCAGGACACGGUGCCUACCGCCAUUCACAGCGGACACAUUCCUUUCAAGGACGGCCAGGCGAUGGUUGGCACGUUCAACAUGCCGAUUACGAGUACCGCCACGAUGUUCAUGUACUGCGCCACGGGGCCUCACUGUCAAGAGGGCCAGGUGCUGGUCAUCAACCCCACAAACGCGCAACAAGUCGUUCAGUACUCAAAGCUCGCAGCAGCCGCCAAGGCCAACGUCGAUGGAAAGACAGUUGUCGGCGGAGCUGUUGGUCAAAUCCCUCUCGCAAACGCUGCCUUUGUCCCAGCCCCGGCACAGGGUGCUGGCGGUGGCGGCGGUGGCCCCCCUCCGGCUACCGCUCCGGCCGCGCCCCCUGCCGAAGCUCCCGCUGCCGCCCCAGCUGCUCCCGCUGCUCCUGCCGAACCCGCCGCUCCUGCUGCACCUGCCGCUCCCGCUGAGCCCGCAGCAGCAGCAGCGCCUCCCAUCGCCGGUGCCCUAGUGGCGUGA